ACCGCUGCCCAUUUCUCGUUUUUCUGUUGAUCCGAACGGACGGUUAACGGAAUUUUGAAAAUUUAAAGUACAAAAAGAAAAAUCAGAAAUAUAUCAGAGCCAAAAACCAUUUGUCUUGUGUGUGCGCGAGUUGAAGAAUCAAAAGAAAAAAUAAAUAAAGGAAAGUGCUGACUGUGCUAGCCGGAAACUGGAACGCUUAAACGUCAACAUAAUUACGCGGCAAUAAUUAAAAAAAAAAAAAAAAACCAAAAAGAUCACCACAAAUCAAUUGGCCCGAGUGACACAGAUCUCCGAUCGAACAAAAACCGAAAUUGCAACCUAUUGGAUACAAUCUAUUUGAGCACCGAUCGGCGGCGAGUGCACUCCGCGUACCCUCUAUAAGAAAUACCAAAAUGAUGUCCAGACGAGCUCUGCUAAUUGCCGGACUCCUACUGAUCGUGGGCAGCUCCGCGGUGCUCUCCUACCCGCAAUCCACAGCCGAAGAAGACCAAAUGCAGAACGACGAAGAGUUUGAUUACGAAGGAGUUGAUCAGAGUGCGCCCAGUCCGCAGACGAAGUCCAUCAAUCCAAUCAACAGCGAAACGGUCAACAGAACCCUGACGGUGAUGGGAAUCCGAGGCGAGGAUGUGGUGCUCAAGUGCGAUGUGGGCAGCAAUCUACAAGCCACAGAUGUCGUGGUCCUGUGGUUUUUCGGUAAGAAUGUCAUCUCCAAUGGCAAGAGCCUGGUGCAGCCCAACUUUGAACUGAACGCCAACUACGACCUGACCAUUCUGAAGGCGAGUUCCCAGGUGGCCGGCACCUAUGUCUGCAAGGUUCUGCCCUCCGGUUCCGUGGUCAACACGAAAGUAAUCAUUGCCGAUCAUUCCCUGGAUGCCAUCGCACCGGAGAGUUCGACCUCAGCGGCGGGAUCUUCGAGCAGUUUUCUGGGAUACACGCUCCUCGGAUCGGUCUUAUUGCUCCUGGGGAUGGGUAAACAUUAGCUUAGUUUAGUAUUACGCUGGCAGAUCGAUGCCAUCUCUUCUACACUCUCCACUCUUCUCACAGGAAAUGAGCAUUUGAAGUCUUUGUUGAUUGUAAAUUUUUGUAUUUGUAAAGACACAAAAUCAACUUUAUUUAUUAAAUAAAAAAGGAACCAAAGUAUACUAA